UUCUUCGAUCCCAUCCUCCACUUUCCCCGGGGAACCGGUCUGUGAUUUCAAGUUCACGUCAUGAAGCUUGUAGUGCGCGUGAUCGAAGCGCGGAAUAUACCUGCAAUGGAUCUCAAUGGUCUUAGUGAUCCUUACGUUCGAUUGCAGCUUGGAAAGAACAGGUUCAAGACUAAGGUGGUGAAGAAGAACCUCAAUCCUUAUUGGGGAGAAGAGUUCAGUUUUCGGGUUGAAGACCUCAAGGAGGAGCUUAUCGUCUCUGUUUUGGAUGAAGAUAAGUACUUAAAAGACGAUUUUGUGGGGCAGCUGAAAGUGCCCGUUGCUAAGGUCUUCGAUGCGGAGAAUAAGUCUCUUGGCCCUGCCUGGUACUCUAUCCAACCCAAGAAUAAGAAAUCUAAGAACAGGGACUGUGGGGAAAUUCUUCUGACCAUAUCAUUAUCUCAAAGCAACUACCAAGCAUUGCCCAGUACAGGUGAUUUUGCGCCACAAACGGAGGAGCCUUCGGAUUUAGCUACCGAAUCACUUAACCAUUCUUCCAGCGGCCACUCUAUGGGAACUGAAGAAGCUGAUUCUGCUAAGGAAGAUAAGACAUCUUCAUAUACAUUUGCUAGUCGGUUUGUUCAACGUUUUCUUAAAAAUGGAGACAUGGUAUUCAUGACUGGUAAGGGUACAAAUUCAACAGUCUUGCCUGAAGUGCCAAAACCUGCUGUUGUUCUUGAGGACAGAUUCGAAGAUCAAUCAUCUUCAUCUUGUAGUAAUUUUGGAGAAGUAAUGGGGAUCAUGAUGGAAAGAGACCCUGGCGGGGAAGUUCCGGGCAAUUUAUCGGGCGGGACACUUCUGGAUCAAUCUUAUGUCAUUGCUCCACCGGACCUCAAUUCUCUCCUCUUCUCACCCGAUUCAAAUUUUACAAAAUCUCUGGCAGAGCUCCAGGGAACGACGGAACUGCAAGAGGGGCCUUGGAAAUUUGGAAGUGGUAGUGAUAACUUGAACAGAGUGGUUACGUAUGUAAAGGCUGCAACUAGAUUAGUCAAGGCUGUGAAAGCCAUUGAGGAGCAAAUGUAUUUGAAAGCCAAUGGGAAAGUUUUUGCAGUUUCAGCAAGUGUGAGCACGCCAGACGUUAUGUAUGGGAGCACCUUCAAGAUAGAUAUGCUUUUUUGUAUAACACCUGGACCUGAGCUUUCUUCAGGAGAACAAACAUCAAGGUUGGUAAUUUCCUGGCGCAUGAAUUUUUUGCAGAGCACUAUGAUGAAAGGCAUGAUAGAAGGUGGAGCACGACAAGGUCUUAAGGACUGCUACGAUCAAUUUGCAGAUUUAUUAUCUCAGAAUAUUAAGCCAGUUGAGAUGACAGACCUGGUUUCCAAAAAGGAUGAGGUUUUGGCUGAUUUGCAAGUGCAACCACAGUCGGAUUGGAAGCUUGCAAUUCAAUAUUUUGCCAAUUUCACUGUAAUAUCAACAAUUUUUAUGGGCUUGUAUGUACUAGCUCACAUAUUGCUAUCUGUGCCUAAUACAGUCCAAGGGCUUGAGUUUAAUGGACUAGACUUGCCAGACUCAAUUGGUGAAGUGAUAGUCUGUGGGAUUCUGGUUCUUCAGGGCAAGCGGGUUUUUGAAUUGAUAGCACGUUUCAUCCAGGCCAGAGGACAAAAAGGCAGUGAUCAUGGUGUCAAGGCGCAAGGGGAUGGUUGGUUGCUAACUGUUGUCUUGAUUGAAGGACAGAACUUAGCAGCUGUGGACUCAAGCGGGUUCUCAGACCCAUAUGUGGUCUUCACAUGCAAUGGAAAAACAAGAACCAGCUCAAUCAAGUUCCAGAAACUUGAUCCCCUGUGGAAUGAGAUAUAUGAAUUUGAUGCAAUGGAUGAGCCUCCAUCUGUGCUGGAUGUAGAAGUUUUUGAUUUUGAUGGACCCUUUGAUGAAGCUGUAUCUCUUGGACAUGUGGAAAUCAAUUUUGUAAAAUCUAAUUUAUCAGAUUUGGCGGAUGUCUGGAUUCCUCUUGAAGGAAAAUUGGCUCAAGCUUGCCAAUCUAAAUUGCACCUAAGAAUUUUGUUGAACAAUACAAAAGGCGGCAAUGCCGUUCAAGAAUAUUUAACAAAGAUGGAGAAGGAGGUCGGGAAAAAGAUAAAUUUGCGAUCUCCUCAAACGAAUUCAGCAUUCCAAAAAUUGUUCGGACUUCCACCAGAGGAAUUUCUCAUCAAUGAUUUUACUUGUCAUUUGAAGCGCAAAAUGCCACUGCAGGGCCGCCUCUUUCUGUCACCAAGAAUAAUUGGGUACCAUUCAAAUAUGUUUGGACAUAAAACCAAAUUCUUCUUUCUCUGGGAAGACAUAGAAGACAUUCAAGUAGUUCCUCCCACAUUGACAUCAAUGGGCAGUCCCGCCAUUAUAAUUACUCUCCGCCAAGGCAGAGGUAUGGAUGCAAAACAUGGUGCAAAGACACAAGACGAGGAAGGCAGGCUGAAGUUUCAUUUCCAGUCUUUUGUGUCAUUUUCUGUAGGCCACAGGACAAUCAUGGCACUAUGGAAGGCAAGAUCCCUGAGUCCUGAGCAGAAGGUGCAAAUUGUUGAAGAAGAAUCUGAAACAAAGACCCUCCAAACUGAAGAGUGUGGAUCUUUCUUGGGUCUAGAGGAUGCCAACAUGUUAGAGGUUUAUUCCUCUGUUCAUCCUUUUCCUAGCAACUUCUUCAUGGAAUUGUUCAGUGGUGGUGACUUAGACUGUCAAGUGAUGGAAAAGGUUGGAUGUCAGAACUACUCUUGCACACCAUGGGAAUUGGAGAAGGCUGAUGUAUCCCAAAGGCAAAUUUGUUACAAACUACACAAGAAUGUUUCUAGUUACUGUGGUGAAGUGACCAGUACCCAGCAAAGAUCCGCCCUUCCUGACAGAAACGGUUGGAUUGUUGAUGAGGCCAUGACCCUUCAAGGAGUACCCCUUGCUGACUAUUUCAAUCUUCAUUUAAAGUAUCAAGUUGAGGAUCUUCCAUUGAAAUCCAAGGGAUGUCAGGUCAAAGUAUUCUUUGGCAUUGCAUGGGUGAAAAGCACCAGACAUCAGAAAAGGCUCACGACAAAUAUUCAAUCAAAUCUGCAAGAUCGCUUGAAGUUGAUGUUCAGUAUGAUGGCUAACGAAUAUCAUAGCAGGAAAGUAGCUGGUUCUGGUGCAUGCCUGUAGAUAUAAUUCUUGUAACUUUCUUGUAACUUUACCGGAGUUGAGUUGUCUCUGAGCCUAUUUUUUGGUGAUGAAUCACAUUCAUUCGAAAAUUUGACUCUGGGGAACUGAACAUUUGAUGGGAGUUUGAUUAUGUUGUUUUGGAAGAGUAGUCGAUGUGCAUGACCUUUCGAAGUUCAAUGGUCUGCAGAUUAUGGUGGCUCUUCUCGGUUGAUUCUUCUGGGGCUUUCUUCAUUUCUUUCCAUGUCAAUAUAAAAAGUGGAACCCUGAAUGGGUUCUAAGAAGACUGGAUAAGAAAUUACGAUGGCUUGUUUUUCUGUUGCUGUACAAUGAAGUCAGUGUAAUCCCAGUGGCAUGCUUAGGAUCUUAAUCAAGAAAUUGGAGAGAGAAGUUUUCUAUUAUAGGCUUUGUCCUCAAUGUACAUGUAUCAGUAGUAGUUUCACUGUAGAUAUCUGUACACAAGGUUCAUUUUAUUUUCUAUUGAAUUUAAUGUCAUAUUUUUCUCUAGUUUUAAA